CUGUUUAUUUCGACACUCACAACCCAUGUGGGACACAGGCUACACACUGUUGAUGGAGAGAUAGGCUAAAUAGGGUCACUCGCUUCUCUGAGGCCACAUUUUCUCAUACAUUAUUUUUUCAGUCGUAGCCGGAGCGCUAGCGUUGACAUACAGCUCAACAUGGCGUUUCAACGAUUGUGUGCUUACGUUACUCGACCGAUAACGUACAAGGUGGUUGAAUUGGUGCGAUUUUAGGUCUUUGCACAAGCAGGCUAAUGUACCAAGCUAGCUGUAUUUUUGGAUUCUGAUCUGUCGAAAUACAUGCGAUUAUGUAUCUUUUACGUUUGCUACUCAUUUACGGACAGCUUCCCCUGUAACGUUAACAAAAGAAUCCUACUGUCAGUGUAGUCAAGCCGACUAGCCAAGUUAGCUUCUCGAUGGCGGUACUAGCGUGCUAACUGCAGAUGCAGAAUACCGUAGCUGUUAGCUUUGCAUGUCAUGUUGACCAUAUACAUGUAGACGGAUGUAACGUGACAUGUAAUAUUACAAUUUCCCAUAAACUGAAAUUGCAUCUUGUUGGAUAAAGUCUGCUAGUGUUUCAGUGCGUGAACCUCAGUAAAGCCGUAUAGGAACUCAGCGGUAGCUGUGCAAGCUACCUAGCAUCUAAGCAAAUGUUUACAAAGUCACAGUUACUUGACAUUUCCAUUUGGCUCAAAGUCCUAAUAAAUGACAGAUCUGGUAGUCAGCAAGGUGUCCGACCUACCCCCAGCCUCCAGAUCAAGUAACGUUAAUCAAGUAGCCUAAACUUUAUUGAGGUCUCAGCUCAGACAUGGUCCAUCUGAACAGUAAACCACAAAAUAUGAAACAAAUUGAAGUUUAAAUGCUUAGCACAGAGAAACACAACACUUACCUGAUAAGAUUUAGUAAAGCAGUGUGUAAUGUAUCACUGCAAGUAUUGUGUUAUUCUAUAUUCUAUUCUGUAUAGUGCAGAAGAUGCGGAAUAUUUGUUUCAAGUUACACAACUGAACUAUGAAACAUACCUCUGCACAUUCUGCUGUACUGUCACUAUAUGCACCAUGCAUCAUAAUAUGACCCUAACAAUCCUUUAUGACUUUAUGAUGAGUUGGCAUUAUUAUACAAAACACCUUGACUAGAGCACCAUUGAUUGCAUCCAAAAUAAAUCAUUUUUGAAUGCUAAAAUGGCUAAUCAACAACCGAACAUCACUUCUACACUAGUACAGUAAUGUGAUUGUUUUGCCAUUGAAAAAUGGAGGAAGAAGUACAGAGUGAGGAGGCAGCUUCAAACUUGAAAGAACUCUAUCUCCCAGAAUCCUCUACUCCAGAGACCAGUGGCCAGGAUCAAACACACACAGAUGGGCCGGUGGCUGAGGACAUUGACAAGGAUGAUCAAGCAAAGGAAGAACUUCAAGAGCAGCCUUUGACCAAUCCGAACACUGGGAAAUCUGCCCCAGCCAUCCAAGCUCUUCCCACAGUCACAGGGCCGAACCAGCUGGAGGAGUUCAUCAUCCUGGACCAGAAUGGGCAGGCGCUGCAGUGUGAACGCAUGGUCAUUGUGACAGGACAGUCACAGAAUGGACAGGUGUACAUGAUCCCAUCCAAUCAACUUACAGCAUCUCAAGUGCUGAUUCCUCAUGGCCAGCUGUUGGACAUUGCUGAGACAACCGGAUCAGGUGGUCAGAAAUCCUUCAGUCAGGAGCCACUCCAGACGGUCACCCUUACAGCCAUCAGUGGCAUUGCAGGCAACGCUACGACUGAGACCGACCCCAACUCCAAAAGCGCGGAUGCCUUUGUGACUCCAUUGAAGCCCCUCCCUCGUAAUGCACCCAGCUGGGCCCUGAGGCUACGCAGCUGUGAGAAGAUUGGCGACUCCUACCGCGGUUACUGCAGCACGGAGGCGGAGUUGGAGGCAGUGCUUCUUCUGCACAAGCAGCAGACGCAGGCGGUGUUCGGCACACGCCAGUCGCCCUCUCCCGCCAAGGCCGCCACACGCCUCAUGUGGAAGUCCCAGUACGUCCCCUACGACGGCAUCCCAUUCGUCAACGCAGGGAGCCGGGCGAUUGUCAUGGAAUGCCAGUUUGGUCCACGGCGAAAAGGCCUCCAGCCAAAGAAGAGUUCAGAGCUUGAGAGUCAGAGUGCAAACUACAAAGCCACCUGUCCUGCCAGGAUCUACAUUAAGAAGGUGCGAAAGUUUCCGGAGUACCGCGUGCCGACAGACCCAAAGGUGGACAAGAAGGUGGUUCGUCAGGAGCAGGAGAAGGCUUUCUUCAACCUGAAGAAGAGUCUAAGGGACAUCGGAGGAGUCAUAAGGUACUAUCUCCAGCUACCUACCCAGAAAGCUCACCUGUACCACGAUAUGGAGGCCCCGCCCCUCCCCCCUGUGUCUCUGCCCCUAUCAGAGGACGAUGGGGAGGGGCUACUAGGGCCAGAGGAGGAGGAGGAAGAAGAGGAUGACGGCUCCCUGGAUGAUGACAGCUGCAUGCCCUCUCGCUUGCACCCGCUAGUAGCUGAAAAGAUCAAGCAGCUGGUGUCACAGGGACACAGCCAGGUGUACACAGUCCGCAAACAGCUAAGGAAGUUUGUCGAGCGUGAGAUGUUCAAGGCAGAGAAGGUUCCGGAGAGGCACAACCUGUGCUACUUCCCCACGGUCAACGACAUCAAGAACCACAUCCACGAAGCCCAGAAAGCCAUGCAGCAGCAGCUGGGCUGCCCCGCGCCCCCCGGCGACCCACAGUGGGCAGGGGAUGACCUCCUGACGGAAACUGUGACCCUCACCCUGACCCCUGCGUCUAUGGAAGUGACUCCUCAGAAGUGUGCGGUGCUGGAGGGCAGUGACACUCUCUCCCCUGAGGCUGUGCAGCUCUUCAGCUCCCUCAGCUCCCUGCAGCCCAAGAUCUUCGCCCAGCUCCAGGGUAUCCAGCUGCAACCCGCCUCCAACCCAGCAGAUGGCGCUCUUCCUCAGCACUCCUCUUCCUCCUCCUCAACUUCCACUGCUGUCCCUGACCUCCUAGAGCCCAGCAGCCCCUCUCUGGCCCCACAGCCACAGCUGCUGAUGGGCCCCACGUCCUUCCUGCCCUCUAGCGCCACCCUGGUGGAAGUAGGUGGUAUAGCGGAGCCCCCAGCAGCACUGCUGGGCAUGGGGCAGCUGGUCAGUGUGACUGCCCUGGGUGGCCUCACCAGAGAGGGGGGAGCCAUGCAUCAGAUACUACUGGAGGACGGACAGACUAUCCCAGUGCAGAUAGUGGACCCUGCCACCCUAGCAUUGACACCACCAGAGGACGCAGUUCAGGUGAAAGAAGAGACCGAAGAUAGCAUCAUCAACUCAGAUGAGCCUAUGGUGGACUGACACACACACACACACACACACACACACACUUCUGCACAAACACUCACUAACACAGACACACUGACUUUAGCCCACUCUGUCACAUGCAAAACUUUACUCUCACUCUGUCAGGGAAAAACUGAAUGCUAUUCCCUUUGUGGACCUGUGUGUGUGUGUGUGUGUGUGUGUGUAUGUAUGCAUGGGUAUGUGUAUGGGUGUAUGUGGCUGUCUGUGUUUCAAUGCCCAUAAGUGACAGACCAUGUGACUAGUUUCAGGACUUGUGGUGUGUGCGUGUGUGUGUGAUACAGACAUUUCUCAAACAUUUCUAGAUGGCCAGUUUGAACACAUCUCUGGCUUCUCAUUGAGAGUCAGUACGCUGAGUUUGUCCACAGGUUUCAUUGUGUAUUCCGUUGGUAGAGAUCUUUGUUGCAACCAAAGGUUUUCAUAGAAAACCACCUCCUAUGCCGGCCCCUAAGGACCAGUUCCUCGUCCCAUACUGGCCCCUCGAGUCUCAGCAGCCCCAUCUGGGACAGGGGCACUGUGCCAUGUGCAACGUGGUAUCCAGUGGAACGUAUCCAGUGGUGUCAAGGUCAAGGUCAGACGAACACCGCCAUCGCACUGCAGAGAGAGUAGAGAGAGCUGAUCGCUUCUACUGUUAGCCAUCCAGAGGGUCACUGGAGUGACUUGUGGCAGACGGGAGUCCGAAUCUACAAAGGCCAAAGGUCAACAGGUAGAGUAGCCACUGUUGUGUAGAGCGGGCCAAUAGCUUCUACUGUUGAUCAUGUCACUGGAGUGCCUUGUGGCUGAGAAUCCGGUGACUCUACAGAGGCCAAAGGUCAACAGGAAGAGUUGGAGCUACUGUUGUAUAGACAAGUGAAUAACUAUCUCUGAGUAGUUGUGUACUACAUGGAGCACUAUGUAGCAAAAUAGUGAGGAUUUCGAACACAGCUUUUGCUGUGUAGAGAUGUAGCGAGAGUUUCAGAAUUGUAAAGAGAAUUAGACAGAUUAACUGGAGCUCUACGCCACGCCAAGAACAAUGAGUUAGCAUUAGCAUUGGGCUGGGAAGCUUCUGCUGUAGCAAUAGACCAGAGGUCAGAGUGAAUUAUAAGCAUUAGCUUUAGGAUGGACGAUGAUUAAGAAGCCACUGCAGCGACAGGCAGCUAAUGGCAGGUUUCAGAGAAGCAGCCGGUGUGAUAGAGUUGUCCUACUGCAAGGAGGGAGGGAGAGAGAGAGAGUGUGAGAGAGCUUUACAACGGUGUGUGGGAAUGGAGGACUCUUAGUAUGAUAUAAAACUCACACCAGUGCAUUGUGGGUAACCCUGAGACGUGGUAGAGUUGGAUCAUGUGCUGGCUUGGCUCAGUUCAGCUUCAGUAUCAGGGCAUGGAAAUCAGUAUAGAGCAUUUGGAAGAGCUCUCUGCAUAG